AUGUUUGCUGACAUACAACAAGCUGAUCAACGCUUCACAGUGCUUCUUCCGUGCUGUUCUCAAGUGAUAGAGCUCACCAGUGAUGCCACCAGUGUGGUAGACGUCUAA